AUGGUUACAUUUGCAACCACAUGGGAUGAACAUGCAUUUCAAACAAGUGUGUUUAAAUACACUGUCAAGGAGUUUGUCGCCUUGCGACAAGUAACAUUGGCCCUGUCGUCCCUCUCUUUAGUAUUUUCUACAAUGAUUAUCGCUGUCUACAUUUACAUGCUCAUGCGCCACCGCAAGCAAGCGAACCGAGUGUCACUGCGGUGUGUCUUUUUGUGCAGUGUGGCAGAUCUAUUGAAUGCUACAUUGAGCAUUUGUAUCACCAGCCAAAAGGGCGAUUCCCAAUUUUGCAGAGCAUCCAGCGUGAUCAUCGAAUUUGCCAACAUUUGGAGUGCCACUUUACUGACAUUGGUGGGCUUGAAUCUUGUGCUGGUCUUUGUCGUCAAUGUCAAGCGAAGGGACCUACUGGAGAAGUUCUACUACCCCUGUGCCGUAGCAUAUACAUUUGCAGGUGUUGCAGUGCCAAUUCAACAACAAGUAGAGACGAAUUCAAGGUCGUUUGAGCAUUACAGCUGCUGGUAUCUCAAGUACGUGGAGGACCGCACAAAUAACAUCAUGCCUUGGAUGUGGUGCUACGCAUUCAUCUUUUUUGUCAAUAUUAUCGCCGUCUGUUGCUCCAUCAUGGCCAUGACAAAACUCAUCCGAGAGCAACGAUUUGUAGAGUCAAGAAUGCACACCAUCAAUGCCAAUUCAGAACUCACAGACAGACAGCUCAACAAAUCAGUGAAGCAACAGCACAGCAAUGUGUUUUCCAAGGUAGUCCUGCGAUGCAUUAUAUACCCACUAGUCCCCUUUCAAGUCAACAUUUUUGGCUUUAUUCUACAAAUGCUCAUUACAGCAACCAAAAAGACACCUUCAUACACACUCGCCAUGCUGGAUAUUGUGUUUUCGUGUUUGGAGGGUGUAUUUGUGGCAGGUGUGUUUUUUACCGACCCAGCCAUCACUUCAUUCAUGGGCUCAAUGUAUGCUGGCUGGUAUGAAAAGUAUGUCGAGCAGUAUGCGCUGGUACCUCAGGACGACAAGAAAGCAACGCCUGCCAACUCGCCCUCGUUGGCGCUCUGUGAUUCGUCUCAAACAAUAAAACCACCAACCACAGCAGCUGUCAUAGACAAUCAAAAUUACUUGGGCGUUCAUUACCCUCAUACUACGCCAUCUGUGAGAAAGCCAUGUGGUAAAAUCAAGACAGUGGCGAUGCGCCGACUCCAUUUUGAUACAAAUCAUAAUAGCAUGGCCAGACAGCAUCAACGGGUGCGCCAGUUAUCAACCAUUAGCUUUGAGAUCACCACUCUACUGCCGAUUGCCUCUGUACCCAGACACCACGAUCAACAAGUUCCCUCAGCGGCCACACCAGCCAGCUCUAGCACUGGAAGAGAUGUCUAUGUACCGUAUCAAUUUCCAAUUUUCGCUACGUGUUUUCACUACAUGUUGACAUGUUUUGGACGCAAACGUACUGCCGAUUCAACUGCAACGUCUUCUACAACCACAACAGCCCACAAGCACGGUGCUGUCGAUACCUUCACCUCUAAUGAUAUACCCUUUUCAGCCAGUGCAAGUCGGAGCAGCACAGUGAUUGUGAUUACCGAGGAACGUUUCAAACAAGACGAACAGUUGGAAGACACAGCAGCAAUUGACUUUUAUACCACGACGAACAGAGACUAUGAUCAAAGCAGCAGCACUGCGUGCCAUGAUUCCAAUACUAUGAAUACGCAUCAAAUCUAA